UGUACCCCCACCGUUUCCAGAGCCCCUAGGUGGUUGGCCCCUGGAGCCUCCAACUGGAGGGCCGUCGCAGAGGUUCGAGGGGCCCUAUGGUCCCUUGGGGCCUGAAGUUCCCUGGGGGCCACACGAGCCCCAGGAGCCCCAGGGACCUCAAGGCCCCUGGGGGCCCCAGGGGCCCCAGCGGGCUCAAGUGGCCUGGGGGCCCCAGGGGCCCCAGGGGCUUGUGAGUGCUCAAGUGGGCUGGGGGCCCCAGGGGCAGCAGGGGGCUCAGCGGCACCAAGUACCCUGGGGACCCUUGGGGCCCUCAGGGCCCGAAGAGCCUCCAUCGGCCCCAUGGCCACCACCACCCCCAGGGCCACCAGAGCAGCCAUGGCCUCCAGGGCCCCCAGGGCCCCCAGGGCCCCCAGGGCCUCCAGGGCCCCCAGGGCCGCCAGCUCCCCCCGGAGGUCAAUUGGAUGCAGGGCAGGGGAAACCGGGUGAGGUAGAUGAUGAGUUUGGCGGUGGUAAGCAAGGUAAACCACCCCGGAAGCAUUCAUUCUUGAGUUGGAUGACGGGGGGUGGGGGGCCCCCUCCCUGGAAGCCUCUUCUACGGGGAUUAACUUCUGGGUGGAGGCCUGUAAAGUUUUCUGCGGGAGGUGAGUCUCAUCUUAGUAGUGGAGGAGGAGGCGGGGGCUCUGAAGACCCUUUUCUUGAUAAUGCUGCAGCAGCAGCAGCUGCAUCUGCUCAGCAGGCGUUGCUUCAGACGCAGGCCACAAUGGAGGGAGGGGGCUGGACGCAGCCAACAGCAGCAGCACCAGUAGCAGCACCAACACCACGAGAGAGCAGCGAGGGGGGCUGGGGCUUGGGCCCGUCUCUUACAGUCGGGAGGGGCGGUGCUAGGUUAAGUUUGGGGGCGAUGUUCUUUGGAGGCGGGAAAGGAGAAAAGAAGAAGAAGAAGAAGAAGCAGCAGCUGCAGCAGCUGCAGCAGCAGCAGCAGCAGCCACUGCUGCAGCAGCUUCUUUUUUUCUUUUUUAAUGAAAUUGAGCGCAUGGAUGAAAGGAGGAGACAGCGCAGCCUCAGGGAUGAGGGUAUGCCCUUUAGAGGGGCAGAGCUGAAGCAGCAGCAACAGCAACAGCAGCAGCAACAGCAGCAGCAGCAGCAGCACAUGGAGGCAGCAGGACAGAGAGUCGGCUCUGUUCUCCACUCAGAAGGCUCUUCACUCAGCAAUGCUUCCGAUAGCACCUCAGCUUCUCUGCGGGAGAAGGCUAGGAAGCUGCAGCAGGAAGCGCUGGUAAGCAGAGACCAAGCCACGUGUGUUAGAGGGGCGCAGCAGGCUUUCAGGCUGCGAGUAGCAGAAAUGCGAGAGCAAGAAGCAGCAAGACUGCUGCAGCUAGCGCAGCAGCAAGACACGGGGGGCCCCCCUCCAGGGGCCCCAGGGGCCCAGGGGGGGCCCCCCGAGGCCCUCUCCCCUACCUCUAGCGAUCACCAGCAGCUCCAGGCGUUAAAUUCAAACCAAUAUUCAGAUGCCCCUGCUGCAGCCAACGGAGACAGCCCGACACGCAACGCGCAUGGAGUAAGCCAGCACCUGCAGCAGCAGCUGCAGCAGCAGCAAGUGCUGCUGCUGCUGCAAAAGGGGAUGCUGCGGUUGCUGCUACUAAAGCGUUGCUGCAGCAACAAGAGUGGCGUUGCUACACUUCUACAAGUAGCGGGAGCAGCAACAAACCUAGGUAAACGAUUUGCUGCUGCUGCUGCUGCUGUGCUGCAGGAGAGUGCCGACGAGGCGCGGGUGGCUGAGCUGCUGGCUGCAGCAGCAGAAAGGAGAGACAAAGCAACAUGCGUAAAGGGGGGGAAGCAGAGGGCCCUCUUAGCUAUGGCGGAGAGGCUUGAGGGAGAGGCCCAGGCUCUUGCUGCUGCCCUCAAGCAGCAGCAGCAGCAGCAGCAGCAGCAGCAGCAGCAGCACGAUGAUAUCGCAUACGCACAGAGAGACACUGAUCGAUUCGGCCCCAGCUCUGCAAGUUCAGGCAUGGCAGCAAGCGAGCGACAUAGGGAGUCAUCUGCAAUGCUGGUUUGCGGCUGCUGCUGUCCUCAGCAAAAACAAUACCCGCAGCAACAGCAGCAGCAGCAGCACCAUUACCAGCAGCAGCGGCAGCAACCGCAGCAGCAGCACUAUUAUCAGCAGCAGCCUCAGGCAUCUCAGCAGCCGCAGCAGCAGCACCAUUACCAGCAGGAGGAAAAGCAGCGGCAGCAGCCACAGCAGCAGCAGCACUACCAGCAGCAGCCUCAGUACCAGCAGCAGCAGCAGCAGCACCAAUAUCCGCAGCAGCACGGGGAGAUGCCGCUGCAGCACAGCUCAGCUGAUAAUCGCGCGCAGCAGCCCUUCCCUACGCCCAGGGACUGCGACUCAUCGUUCGGCAUGAGCAGCGAAGGCCGUCUGCAGCAGCAGCAGCAGCAGGGGUUGCGGCAGCAGCAGCUGCAGCAGCACCAGCAGCAGCAAAGCACGGUAGCUGAUGCAGCAAGGGAUCGCGAAGAGGAGCUGCCUCAAGGCUAUACUGUCCUUACAGGCAAGCGGAGAGCCUUAGAGCCCUCUCAGCCCUCUCAGGCGCAGCAGCCCUUCCCUACGCCCAGGGACUGCGACUCAUCGUUCGGCAUGAGCAGCGAAGGCCGUCUGCAGCAGCAGCAGCAGCAGGGGUUGCGGCAGCAGCAGCUGCAGCAGCACCAGCAGCAGCAAAGCACGGUAGCUGAUGCAGCAAGGGAUCGCGAAGAGGAGCUGCCUCAAGGCUAUACUGUCCUUACAGGCAAGCGGAGAGCCUUAGAGCCCUCUCAGCCCUCUCAGGCUGAUCAGGCGCUUGCUCAGGAGGCAGAGAGACUGCGGCAGGAGGCGUUUUUAUGCAGAGACAAAGCCAGGUGCUGCAGCGGUGCGAAGCAGCGGCAGCUGCUGAACCUCGCGCUGCUAAAGGAAAGAAGAGCAGCAGAUGCUAUCGCCCAGAUGGAGAACUGCGGGCUGUACAGCCACCAGAGCAGCAGCGAGAGCAUGCAGCAGCAGCAGCAGCAGCAGCAGCAGCAGCAAACAAGCUACCAUAAUAUCCAGCAGCAAGUCGGUAGAAGGGCUGCUGGAGAGCACAGGGGCAGAGUUGACCCCCGCGGGGACUCAGGCAUAUUUGAUGGAUGA